AUGGCCUGGACUCCUCUGCUCCUCGCGCUCCUCUCUCACUGCACAGGGUCCCUCUCCCAGCCUGUGCUGACUCAGCCGCCCUCCCUCUCUGCAUCUCUGGGAGCCACAGCCAGACUCACCUGCACCCUGAGCAGUGGCUUCAAUGUUGGCGACUAUGGAAUGGUUUGGUACCAGCAGAAGCCAGCGAGCCCUCCCCGGUACCUGCUGUCCUACAAAUCGGACUCAGACAAGUACCAGGGCUCGGGCGUGCCCAGCCGCUUCUCCGGAUCCAAAGACGCCUCAGCUAACUCGGCUGUUCUGCACAUCGCUGGGCUGCAGCCCGAGGACGAGGCUGACUAUCACUGUGACACAUGGGACGGCAACGCCAAGACUCCCACAGUGGUCCAGACCCACAGGGAAGGGGGACAAAAACCUCCUCUGCUCCCUGGGCCUGGCCUUGUCCCCCUGCUGGAGGCUCUGAUGUCGGGGUCCCCCGGCGAGAGGGUCACCAUCUCCUGCACUGGAAGCAGCACCAACGUUGGGGUUGGUGACUAUGUGUCCUGGUACCAACAGCUCCCAGGAAAGGCCCCCAAACCCCUCAUCUAUGAGAGUAGCAAACGACCCACAGGGAUUCCGGACCGAUUCUCUGGCUCCAGGUCUGGCAGCUCAGCCUCCCUGACCAUCACGGGGCUGCAGGCUGAGGACGAGGCCGUCUAUUACUGCUUAUCACCCGACAGCAGUAUCAGCGGUCCCACAGUGCUCCAGGCCUGUGGGGAAAUAAAUGCCAACGUCUGA